AUGGCCGCGCGGGUCGGCCUGCUGCUCCGCGUCCUGCCGCUGCUGCUGUGGGGCGGCCUGGACGCCCAGCGCGCAGGCCGGGAGCUGCGCCGGGAGGCGGAGGCAUUCCUGGAGAAGUACGGAUAUCUCAGCGACCAGGGCCCCAGUAGACCUUCCUCCACGCGGUUCAGUAAUGCCAUCAGGGAGUUCCAGUGGGUGUCCCAGCUGCCCGUCAGCGGGGUGCUGGACCCCCCCACCCUGCGUCAGAUGAUGCAGCCCCGUUGCGGGGUGGCAGAUACUGACAGCCAGAUGCCUUGGACCGAGAGAGUCAGCGCCCUCUUUGCUGGACGCCGGGCCAAAAUGAGGCGUAAGAAACGCUUUGCAAGGCAAGGCAACAAGUGGUACAAACGGCAUCUCGCCUACCGCCUGGUGAACUGGCCCCAGCACCUGCCAGAGCCCGCAGUCCGGGGGGCCGUGCGAGCCGCCUUCCAGCUGUGGAGCAACGUCUCGGCGCUGGAGUUCUGGGAGGCCCCGGUCACAGGCCCUGCUGACAUCCGCCUCGCCUUCUUCCAAGGGGACCACAACGACGGGCUGAGCAACGCCUUUGAUGGCCCAGGAGGCGCCCUGGCGCACGCCUUCCUGCCCCGCCGCGGGGAAGCGCACUUCGACCGAGACGAGCGCUGGUCCCUGAGCCGCCGGCGCGGCCGCAACCUGUUUGUGGUGCUGGCGCACGAGAUCGGCCACACGCUCGGCCUGACCCACUCGGCCGCGCCGCGCGCGCUCAUGGCGCCCUACUACAAGAGGCUGGGCCGCGACGCGCUGCUCAGUUGGGACGACGUGCUGGCCGUGCAGAGCCUGUAUGGGAAGCCCCAGGGGGGCUCAGUGGCCACCCAGCUGCCGGGAAAGCUGUUCACUGACUUUGAGGCCUGGGACCCCCUCAGACUCCAGGGAAGGCGCCCGGAAACCCGAGGUCCUAAAUAUUGCCAUUCUUCCUUCGAUGCCAUCACUGUAGACGGACAACAGCGCCUGUACGUUUUUCAAGGGAACCAAUUCUGGGAGGUGACAGCUGACGGCAAUGUCUCAGAGCCCCGCCCACUGCGGGAAAGGUGGGCGGGGCUGCCCCCCCACAUCGAGGCUGCCGCCGUGUCAUUGGAGGAUGGAGACUUCUACUUCUUCAAAGGGAGUCGAUGCUGGAGGUUCCAGGGCCCCAAGCCGGUGUGGGGCUCCCCACAGCUGUGCCGGGAGGGGGGCCUGCCCCGCCACCCCGAUGCUGCCUUCUUCUUCCCUCCUCUGCACCGCCUCAUCCUCUUCAAAGGCACUCACUACUACGUGCUGGCCCGAGGAGGGCUGCAGGUGGAGCCCUACUACCCCCGAGGCCUGCAGGACUGGGGUGGUGUCCCCGAGGAGGUCAGUGGCGUCCUACCCAGGCCCGACGGCUCCAUCAUCUUCUUCAGAGACGACAGCUACUGGCGCCUCGACCAGGCCAAACUCCAGACAAUCACCUCGGGCCGCUGGGCCACAGAGCUGCCCUGGAUGGGCUGCUGGCACGCCAACUCAGGGGGCGCCCUGUUCUGAAGAUGCCUCCCACCUCUUAGUGAGUGCCUUCAUAGCCACUGUGUGUCCCCUGCCCCAAGGGCAGACAAGCCUCUGAGCCUCCCCACAGAAGCCCAGGCAAGAAAGGUGGUCUGCGUUUGUUCCCUGGAGGAUGUGUUUGCACUGUCAAGAUGUUGCAUUCAGGAUCUCAUUUCCCAACCAGGGCUCAAACCCCUUUCCCCCUGCAGGGGAAGCGCAGAGUCUUAACCACUGGACCACCAGGGAAGUCCCGAGACAUUGACCGUUGUGGGAUCAACUCAACGAGAAGCUAAAAAGGGUCCCAGACCCCAUGGCCCUUUCCCCAGGGACUCAUUCCUCCCCAGGCCUUGGGGAUUUUGUCUCUGCCCCAAAGGUGCACUUCCUGUCCCCAAGGCCACAGCACUGGACAACCAGGAAGGCUGCCAAACUCAGCAGAGAAGUUGGGACACUUUCCCAGACUGUCCCUUCCCCUCAGGACCUCCUGACUUGGUCCCUAGAGAGUUGUGUCUUAUUUAAUCAGAGGCCCUGCCUGCAGGAAGCUUGUAUGGUUUGGGUACCAGAGUCUCAAACCUCAGGAGAGUCAGGACCCAGAACAAGGAGACCAGUGCAGACCUGCUGGGCCCUGUUUUUUUUGGGGGGGAGGGGGUGUUGGAAUAAAGAGGUGCUCCCAGCAA